AUGUUGAUCGAAGAAUGGCCCGUUGAAUUAUGGCUCGAACUGUUUGUUUAUAUGUCAACAUUUGAUCUGGUCAUCAGUUGGUUUAAUCUAAACAUUCGUUUGAAUCGUAUGAUCGAACGUGCACUUUUACUAGGUCUUCAUCAGUUCGAUCUUGAUGAAAGCUGGACACAUGAAACCUUUAUGAAUUGUGUUGAACAUGUGUAUCCACGUUUAGCUCCUUAUGUAAGCAAGAUCAUCUUGCGUGAUACAUUCGCCACUGCACGUCUAGUAGCAAAAUCUAGUUAUUUUCUUCCUCUUUGCCUCAAUGUACGUCGAUUAAUACUCUGUGAAAAUGUUAUUUCAUUUUUUCCAUUCAGUCACCAUAUAAAUAUAUUCAAAGAGUCAUCAUUAUUACACGAACUGAUCAUCGAAUUUGGCCUUCAUGGAAGUAAUUACUAUUCGAAUACACUUGAAAAAAUGCUCAAAAACAAUAUUUCAUUCCAUACUAUGCGAUUCAAUGUUAUUGACAAUGCUUCUCCCUAUCUCGGCACAAAUUUGAACAUUUUACAUUUUCAUCUCGGAGAUGAUCAUGGAAUAUGUCUUGCUAAUACUGUAUGUUUGACAUUAUUAGUGCAACGAUGGUCAAAUUUAAUUAUGCUUAUACAAGAUGGUUGUUUACCCUUACUUGAAGAACUCGAUGUUACAAUCGAGCAACGACCUUCAUAUAAUGAACAAGAAAACGAUGAUGAUCGACUUCAUUCAGUUAAUCUUUUCAAAUUACGAUCACUUCGUUUAUGUGAUGUUACAUUAAAUAAUGUACGUGAUCUUCUUCGUUAUGUACCGUCAUUAUCUUUCAAACUCGAUACACUUUCAUUGGUUCGUGUACGAGUAGAUGAUAAUGAUAACAUCACUAGUCUUCAUCAUCUUGUUGACUUUAAAAAUUUACUAAUCAAUCGUUUAUCUGCUCAAUUAUGUCGUUUGCAGCUUAUUCUCUACAUUAUAUCCGAUGAUACUUAUUGCAAACAUGCACUUGAUGUAUUUAACGUUGUUGAUGACAUUUGGCCCUGGCCUCUUAUGCAUCAUCAAACAGAAGAGUACAUUGAUAACCAAAAUUCUAAACCAAUUGACGUCUUGUACAUGAGGUAUCCCAUCUCAUGGUACUCUUGUCAACGACGACGACUUAACGACCAAACGAGUGUACGUCAUCUUCGUUGGCCUUUUCAAGGUGUACCACCAAGACGUAUCUGUUGGACUUUAGAAAAUGAAGAUGAAAUAAGCAGUACCAAAGCUACUACAAAUGAUAUAUAUACAUGUUUGAAUACUCUCGUUAAUGUCAAUUCACUUAGUUGGUUCAUUAGUUUAAAUCCUCCUAUUAGAAAAUAUCCUACUGUCAAACGUCUUCACUUAUUGUUAUCAUUCGGACGAGAUUGGCAUGAUGAUGUUGAUGUCGAUGUAAUGGUGCUACUAGAUCCUUCGGUGAUUGCUCAUCUAUUUCCUUGUCUACAUCAGCUAAGCACAUCUGGUAGUUUACCUCGUGGUCGUAUUCGUUUGACAUCAUUGGAUCCUCUUGUUUCACUCGUACUUUCUUUAAUUGCACAUCUUUCACCUCAUUUAACAUUUCUGUAUCUUAACAAAUGUGAAACAUCAUUGUCAAGACUUGUUGCUUUGUCUAAAGAUAAGCAGAAAUAUGUUUGUGAUAUUUUAAAAAUGAAAAUAUCAUCUGCUGCUCGCAUUACAAUCACUGAUGGUGAUAGAUUGAAAAUUUGGUUGUAA